CUAAUCUUGUGGCUUGUUAGAUUUCGUUUCUGUUGUCUCUUGUGUAACCUUAACCGUGGUGUAGUAUCCUGUUCGCAUAUGUGUGGUUAUGUGUGUUCUGUAGUCCCUGUAUUAGCUAUGUACCUGUGAUAUAUAAAUGUGUGUGUGUGUGUGUUUGAUUUGAAACAAUUAUGUUUUAUCAUAUAUUCUCGCUUCUUCCCUCUGUUUAUGUUUGAUAGUAAUGUGUCCUUGUCUUGUAGCUUUAAUUGAUAUUGACUCCUGUUUGUGUUAGUAUUGUAGAUCCACAAGUAAUACAAAAAUACUAAAAAGACAGAGUAAAGAUAACCUUCAUCUCCCUUUGGUUAUUUGUCAUUUUCUUUGUUGAUGAUCCUUGUUAGUGUUAGGUUUAUUUUCUAUUCUCAUCAUUCAAUUGGGUCACCUAGCUUUAGUCGAACGUAAUUGUCGUCGCCUAGUCCCUGUGGAGAACACGACACUCGUAGUUUGGGCGUAAAAAUCCCGCUACAUUUACAAUUGAUCAUUUUUGGCGCCGUUGCCAGGGACUAGCGUCGAGCGAUUGUGCGAAGCUAUAGACUAGGUUUAGUAUAGUUUUUGUUUAAAUUUCCAGUCAAAUUUAUUUCUGUGUUUCUUUUACCUUUUUACUUUUUGUUGCUUCGGUUUAUUAGGAUACUAACCCUCUCACCAAUGUUUGAUGUUUGUGAGCGUGUGUAGGAUAUCUUAAUAUUUGUAGGCUGAUUGACAGUUGCACUUGAACAUAUGGCUUUAGUACGUGAUCUUUGGUUGCCAAGUAGUUUGGACACGAUGACAGGGCCAAUUUGGCCAUCUAUUGAGGCCGAAAAUUUUGAGUUGAGGCCUGGACUUACUGCUCUCGUCUUGCAGAAUCAGUUUAGAGGAUUACCCAAUGAAGACCCUCAUGAGCACAUUAGUAAUGUUCUGGAGUAUGCCAAUACAGUCCAGUAUCAUGGCGUUUCCAAGAUGCUAUCAAGUGUAUGCUGUUCACAUUCUCUCUCAGAGAUGCUGCUAAGGACUGGUACUAUUCUUUGCCAUCAAGAUCUUACACUUGGGGUGAUAUUUCACAAGCUUUCCUGCACAGAUAUUUUCCACUUUACAAGCAAGCUGCAAUUCGUGACCAGAUCCUCAGUUUUGUGCAAGAUGGAAGUGAGAGCUUGUAUGCAGCUUGGGAGAGAUAUAAGUAUUUGCUUAGAAAAUGUCCUAAUCAUGGGCAAAAGGAUUGGUUAGUGCUCCAGAUAUUCUAUAGAGGGCUGACACAUGCUUCGAGAGAUCUUAUUGAUAUGUCCGCUGGUGGAACAAUCAUGAACAAGACCGUUGAGGGUGCAAUUAUUCUCAUUGAGUGCAUUGCCUUCCACCAAAUGCAAUGGGGUUAUGAAAGGCCUAGUUCAAAUCCGAAGGUUGCAAGCCAUCUGCAAUCAGAAGUUGUGUGUUCCAUAAGUGAACAGAAAUCAUCCAUGGUGCCUAAUAUUCAAAACCAGCAUGUUCCAUUCCGGGGACAACAACAUUUCAGAGCUGAAUUAGAUCCUCCAUGUAGAAAGAUUGAUCUUACUUCAAGUAUCCUUGAUGAUGAUUAUGAUAUUUUUCAAGAUGAUGCAACCAUUGUAGAUCAGAUGGAAACCACAGUAGUAGAUCCAAUACCUCAUGGCAAUGAAGCUGUCCAGACCGAGUCAAAGUUGCAAGAAGAUGUUUAUGAGGAACCUACUCUGAUUGGUGCUAAGUUGAGACAACAAGAUAUGGAGAAAUUCACUAGUGUUAGUCAACUAUGUGACUGGUGGAAUUUAGUCGUGGCACCAAUUGCCCACACUUGUGUUACAACUGUAUCUGGGAUAUUUGUCAAGAAGAAAUCAUUAGCUCUGCCGGUGGCUGCCUCUAUCUCAGUUAAAGAGAGUAUCUCAGAGAAGAAUAGUGAAGAUGAGAUUCCAACUCCUGCACAUACAAUUAAGCAAGUCGGAGACAUUCCAAGGAGAGAGAUACAAGAGGUUGAGUCAAAUUUAGAAGAGCUGAUACUUCAAUAUCCUGAGAAGAUCCCAUGUGUUGCUGAGCUGCAUGACUGGUGGAAGUCAUCGGUGUCACUGUUGAAACUUAGCAAUGAUGGUGAUGAAGAGAACAUUGCUCAGAAAGACAGCGAGGUAGUGAUCUCAGCACCCCUACCAGAUCAUGUUAGUGAAUAUCCACAGAUGGGGACACUUCAGACUCAAUUAAGUGUUGCUGGUAGUAGCACCAUAGAAGAUCCAGAGGAAGAGAGACCUCAGAUUGAAGAUGUACUCGAAGCCAAGGGACAAGAUGAUCCAGAGUUCGAACAACCUAGUAAUCAAGUUGAAGACUCAUCAUCUACUACUCUUGAAGAAGCAAAAGAAGCUGCUGUAGAUGAACUUGAAGAACCAGAAAUUCAUUUGCCUAUUGUCACACAAGAGCGUGAUGUAGCAGGUUCGAGGUGACAUUCCUUUGGACCCUGGUGGACUCAGAGCAUGGGGAUGAGGAGAAGCAAGGGGGCACACACGAGGAAGGGAGAAGCUGAAGCAGGCAUGAGGAUAGAGAAGCAAAAGGAGAGGAGCUGCAGUUGGUGUGGUGACCGAGCGAGUGCUACAUCAUCAAAGCCCGGUGAGCUGUUUCAUGACCCAUUCCGAGUAUAUUAUCCAUUGAUACAUGCUGAAAUCAAAUGUUAUUUGGGUUGCUUAAGCCAAGUCUUAAAUGUUGCCCCAUUGAAUUUUAUUUGACAUAUGGUGCUUGAUGAGAAUAUGCGAACUGUUUAUUGAAUGCCAUGUAAACUAGUGAUCUACAUAUUGCUUGCUUUGCUGAAAUUAGUGAAAGUUAUUAGUUUUGAGUGCUCAAAUCCCUAGUACACUAGAAAACUUAAUCAUUUUCUGCUUUUACCUUGAUACACCUAGAUCACCACGUUUAGAUGCUGAAUUUGUGCCAAGUGUCUUCCCAUUGAGAGCAAUCACCUAACCACUAUGGAUUAGCAUGCUAUGUUCCCUGGAUCGGUAGCAUGUGAACCAGACAUGGAGAAGUGAUGAUUCCUGUUUUUGUUCUUAUGCGUUGUUCAUUUAAGAUAAGUAAUAAUGAAUAAAUAAGUCUGGCUACCUACAGUAGCAUGUCAUGUUCCCGGGAUCGGUGGCAUGUGAAAUCAGGUUAGCUUGGGCAGUAAUUAAUUACAAUAAAAAUGUAAUUGUCGAACCAGGUGUAUACCAUGUUCUCGGGAUCGGUGGUAUGUUCCUUUGGGGAGACAAACAAAAAAAAUUAAUAAAAAUUGGUUGAGCCAGGUGUAUACCAUGUUCUCGGGAUCGGUGGUAUGUUCCUUCGGUGAGACUAAUGAAAUAAUAUGUGUGUUUCUUUCAAAUUCAAUAAGUGGUUCACCCACAAAGUCAUAUUUCUGCAAAUAAGAGAUUUAAUUCCAGUUCUUUUUGUUCUCGGGAUCAUGCUCUCUUUAGGAACCAUUUGGCGCAGUCAUCAUUUAAACUUGUUGAUCCUCUUUUAUCAUUGUAAAAGUUUAAAAUGGUCAUGCUUACUAGUAUCUUACCGCUUUGAAGCACUCCUAACCAUUAAUUUGUACUAGCUAAGUCCAAAGCAUGCACUGUUUAGGCAUCUACUUCACUUGGUAUUCUCUAAUCAGCUCACUGUUCACAUUCUUGCUCUUGUCAUAUGCCUUUGCUUGAGGACAAGCAAAAGUUUAAGUGUGGGGGAACUUGAUAAGCACAUUUCAUAUAUACAAUUUUGGCAUAGAAAUUUAUUAUUUAUUGAGAUAUGACCAUCAAUUCUUGCUAUGAAAUAUUGAAUAUUUGCAUGAAAAUCAUAUAAAGUAUCAUUUACUAGUCUUUGGUCUAUUUUGCAGAAAUGUGCGCAAAGGCACUAUAAAUCUUCAAGAUCCGGACUACGUGGCUAAGAGAACGAUGAAGAGGAGGAAGAAUGGACUUGUGCGAGAAGAAACGAAGUAGCCAGGGGGCCAACUAUAGAAGAGAGGAUCUACUUGGGAAGAAAGAAGAAAGGAGGAGGGCCAAAGUAAAAAAAAGACAGAUCGGAUCAUGGGGGAUCAAAAUCCCUAGCACGCCUCCAUUCCCCAUCGAGCCUAACAUCUCCAUCUCUCUCCCCCUGACCACUUCUUCUCCCACCUUCGGCCGCCGUCGCGACCAGGCCAUCAUGGCGGCGUGCCUCCGGACAUCACUGCUCCACCAGCACCUUCACCCACCAGCACCACAUCAUCCAUCCACCACUCCGUCUUCACCGCCAUCGCCUUGGGCGCUCCACUUCGUCGCCGCGCCUGGCGCGCCCGACCAGACGGGUGUUUGGUUCCCCGCGCCACCUGCUGCUUCUUCCCUCUCCUCAAAUCCUGUUGCUGCUAGACUUCUUCUUCCCUGAACCUCAACUGCUGCCGCUCCUAGUCCUCUCUGAACCACAAACCUGUGGCUGCUCCUAGUCCAUUCUGAAUAACAAAACUGUUGCUGCUUCUCUUCUUCUACUGCGCCCCCUUGCUGAUAUCUCACGCUGCUGCUCCUCUCCUCAUCACGCUGCUGUUUCCUUCUUCUCCUGUCGCUGCUCUCUUCUUCCCUUGCCUCUAGUUGCUGCUCCUAAUCUUCUCUGAACCCCAGCCUGCUGCUCUUUCUUCUCCCUACCUUGCUGCUGCUCUGCCCUCUGCUGCUGUACCUCUCCUUCUCCAACUCGCCCCCUGCUGAUCCUCUCCAUCACCUACACCAUCUACAGCUGCAAGCCUGAAGAUUGACUAGGAAUUAAUCUUUGAAUCUCUCCCUUUUCUUGCUACUGUACUCUGAAUUUUCUGUAAUAGGAGUUGUGUAGGACUUGUAAGUUUCAGAUUUUGAUAAGUGUUUGCAACCAACUAGUUUGAUCAGUUCGUACUUGUUAAAUAUCAUGUCAUGAAUUCUAUGUUCUGAAUAGUGGAUUUCUUUUCUUACGAAA